AUGUGUAGACAUUUUGGUUAUUUUAAAAUCUAUUUCAUUAUUGCAUUAGGAUUCUUUCUUGCAAAGAAAAACAUCUUAACAGUAACAACAUGUCGAGAUAUAUCAGAUACAGUGGUAACUGCCAUGUUACCUUGUUUAAUUUUUGAAAAUAUUGUGGGGAAUUUGAAAAGUUCAGAUAUAAAGAAUAUUGGAAUUAUCUUCUUUACUGGAACUAUAUUAUUUACCAUUGGUGCCAUGACAGCAUUAGUAACUUACUUUGUAACCAAAUCUCCUAGAAGAUGGUUAGGUGGAUUACUUAGUGUGGGUCUUUUCCCCAAUAUUUCGGAUUUACCUAUUGCUUACUUACAAACAUUCGAACAAGGAGGGAUCUUUCCUGCCGCUGAGGGUAGUAAAGGGGUGGCAUAUGUGUGUAUUUUCUUGAUGACACAAGUUCUUUAUCAAUUUUCAUUAGGUUUAUAUCGUUUGAUAGAAUGGGAUUUUAAAGAAGAAUUGCAGAAACGUGAUCUUGAGAAUAACACUUCGGAUGAAUUCGAAAAAGCAUCACCUGUGUCAUCAGGUAAUACAAGUGACCAUGAUCAUAUGGGUAACACUUUAACUGUGCCAAAAAUUCAUUACCCAGAAGAAGCUGUUGCCAAUGAUGAUGAAUCGAUAGCAAGCGAUUCAGCUAUGCCAAUGAAAAGACAGGAAUCAACCACCACAACCAAUGAUGAAACUGCACAACAUCGUGCUUUCCUUCAAGCAAGAGGAUUAGAUAAAAUAACAUCCAAUGGAAGUUCAAUACAAUCCCCCCCAGCUUCUGCAUCUCAUAGAAGAGCAGGUUCAAUGUCUGCAUUCUCAAUCUCCAGUGAUACAAACAGUCUAAGGUUAACUCCAUCAAGAACUGCCGAAUUAAGAAAGUUAAAAUCACAAGAUAUCACAGAUGUCAUCAAUGAAUAUUCCGAAUUUGAAGCAUUAAAGAAUCAUGAGAUGCAACGUUGUAUAACCGGGACUAGUGAAGUUGGAAUUGAACCCGUCACAUCCCCAGAUAUAGCACCAUCUACUUUCAAAGAAAAGGCAUGGAAGUAUCUUAAACAAAUGGGUAAGAAUUUGUUGACCCCCGGGUCAGUAUCAUUGGUUGUAUCAAUUGCGAUUGCCAUGUCCCCUCCUUUGAAAGCAUUAUUUGUGCCUGCAAGAGUUCAUAUCCCUCCUGCCCCUGAUGGACAACCUCCAUUGUCAUUCAUUAUGGACUUGGCAAGUUAUAUAGGUGCAGCAUGUGUUCCAUUAGGAUUAACAUUAUUAGGGGCAACUAUAUCUAGAUUACAAGUUAAGAAGAUGCCACCAGGAUUCUGGAAAACAGCAGCAAUGAUGACUGCAUCAAGGUUAAUUAUAAUUCCAAUCAUUGGAGUAGGAAUAACUACUGGAUUUUAUAAAGCAGGUUGGUAUGGUGAUGAUAAAUUAUUAAGAUUUGUAAGUGUAUUAGAGUUUGGAUUACCAAAUGCUACAGCAUUAGUUUAUUUUACUGCUUUUUAUACAGAUCCAACUUCAGAUGAUCAUUUACAAAUGGAUUGUUUGGCUAUUUGUUUGAUUUGGCAAUAUGCUAUAUUGUACAUUACAUUACCCUUUUUGGUAACAUUUACCUUAAAAGUAUCUUUGGGUUUUUAG